AUGGCGGACGACCAAGGCUUUCGCACCAAGACGAUGAAGCGCAAGAACGUCAAGGGGCUUGCGCUUGCCGCCAAACCCAUACCACCAGUUCCCUCGGCGAGCGACGCACAAAUACCUGGAGCCAUCGGCAAUGACGAGAAGCGAGCGGACACACUGGAGCUGGGCAUAGAGUUCCGGCUGGACUUGAAGGCAGAGAACUUGGUUGUGCUGAAAGAGCUUGGCGCUGGCAAUGGAGGGACCGUGAGCAAGGUCAGGGACGCCGCCACGAAGGCGGUCAUGGCGAGGAAGAUUAUCCACGUCGAGGCGAAGAAGGAGAUACGGAAGAGGAUAGUGAGAGAGCUCCAGAUUAUGCACGACUGCCAGUCGGAGUACAUUGUUCAGUUCUAUGGCGCCAUGCUGAAUGACACUGGCGAUGUCAUCAUGUGCAUGGAGUACAUGGAUUGCGGGUCCCUCGACAGUAUAUCCAAAGCCUUCGGGCCAGUGCGCGUGGACGUACUGGGAAAGAUUUCAGAAGCCGUCCUCGGUGGCCUUACCUACCUCUGGAGGCAGCAUCGUAUCAUGCACCGAGACAUCAAGCCUUCUAACAUCCUCGUCAACUCCAAAGGCUAUAUCAAGCUUUGCGAUUUUGGCGUCUCCAGCGAACUCGAGGGGUCGAUCGCAGAAACGUUUGUCGGCACAGGUACAUACAUGGCGCCCGAGCGGAUACAAGGCUCGCCCUACACCGUCAAGUCCGACGUCUGGAGUGUCGGCCUGACGCUGAUGGAGCUUGCGAUCGGCAAGUUCCCCUUCAGCGGCGGCGACGACAGAGACGGCGAAGCCGGCGGCCCACAAGGCAUACUGGACCUGCUGCAACAAAUUGUGGGCGAACCGGCGCCCAGACUCCCAAAAAGUGACGCCUUCCCCUCAAUCCUGGAAGACAUGAUCGCCAAGUGCCUGCUCAAGAACCCGAACCAACGGCCCACGCCACAAGAACUCUACGAAUCCGACCCCUUCCUCCUCGCCGCCAAACGCACCCCCGUCGACCUCGAAGCCUGGGCAGUAAGCAUGAUGGAGCGCCAAAAGCGCACCUCGCACCUCCCACAGCUCUCCCCAACCACCAAGGCCUACCUCCGCGACGCCCGCGGCACCUCGUCGCCCUCCUCAUCCUCAGGCACGCCCUCGUCACAUGGUACGGAGAGGACGCCGACGAACUGGGAGGAUGUCCGCGUUGCGCCAGAGAACCCACGGCAGAACGGCUCUAACCGCUAUUCGGAUGCGCGACCCCAUUAUCCGGUAAGAACGAGCAGCGCGUCGAGUGGACAGAACGUAAUGAAUCUGCCGAUAAGGCCCGCGCCGCCGCCAGCAGCGGCACCGUUGCCGUACCUGCCGAGGAGGAUGGGGUGA